GCGAUCGAGAGGAUCGAUGCUGCAUAGUUCGCAGCGCGCAUCGGUGCUCCGGUUCGAGAAAUCGAAUGUACAGUGAUUCUCAAUAGGAUUAACCGAGAUCAAUAAUCAAGUGGAUUUCGACAGUGAUGCGUAUCUCCAUUUGUGCAAUUACUUGUCGGAUUUGUCACGCGGAUUCCCGUUGCAAUCUGCCGGAGAAGUUACAAAACUCGAAAUUCCCCCUUGAAUUUCUACGACGUGGAGAUCGUACGUUCGACGCAACAAUUACCCUCGAUUUAUAGCGAGCGGUGUAAAUGCACGUCUUAACAUUGCACAAAGAUAUCGAGAUCGCAUUCUCUCCGUCCCGGUAAUAGUGCAUAAUUUCACGUGAUAGUGGUGGUACGAGAUAUAGUGCUUGGAUCCGCUUUGAAGUGCUACACAAGGGGCUGCAAUUACCUUCUCGCGAUACUACGCGACGUCGCUGCCAGUCCGCCUCGCGCGGAUCGCGGAUGAAAGGAUGCGAUUAACGCGGCGAUUCGCCGUUACGGGACUGUGAAAUUCGCGGAAUACAACGUAGCCUAGUCGUAGUCGCGGCGCGCGGUAAUUCCGUAAUGCACUUCUUACGCGGUAUCGGAACGGAGCAAAAAUAGAGAGCGAGAGAAAGAGAGAAAGAGGCGAUCGAUCGUCCGCUAUCCGCGCUCGUGAAAUCGGGAUCGACUAUCGCCGGCCGACCGGCUGGUGUCACGAAGCAAUCGGUGUACCGCGAAGUGUACCAUCCUUUUAAAUUGCGAUGCUCUCUCUCCCCGCGAUAACGGCACCGCUCGGCUUGUACGUCGGCGAUACAUCAGUCCGCAAAAAAAACCUCGACGGAAACGUACAAUUAUGUCCGCGGUCUAAUUGGAAACAAUGCCAUUGUGUGCGUUUGGAGAAAGUUUAGAAGCAUCAAGAGAACGUUACCGCAAUAAUAAACGUUACUGCGUAGCAUCCUUGGACAUUUUUCCCUCACCCCCACCGCGAAAUGGAACAUCUCGAAAUGAUGACGCAACAGACGCUUAUCUCACCGUCAACCUCGAUUACGACCAGAGCGACAGCUUGAUUCGCAACCAAAAAAAGAAAAGAAAAGAAAAGAAAAGACUUUGCAUCGUGCGCGGGGAUUUUCAAAAGUUCGCCAACAGUUCUUCCACAAAGUCAGGAUAUUUCUCGACACGUAUCGACGUUCGAGUAUCACGCGCGGACACAUGCGAUGCGAGGUACCGUUUCGGCUCGCGGCACGAUGUUACCUACCUUCCACGGUGAAUUUCGCGGCAGUUUCAAAUGGCAGUUUCCGCCGCAGAGUAAUAGUUUAGCAGCUUGUCGCAGCUAUACGGAUCGUUUCUGCUCCGCUGGCGCGGUGCGUUUCGCUAAUUUGCUUCGAUAAUGCUCGCUGACAGAACUCACUACAAACAAAACCGUAACUGUCGGGUUCCCGAAUUUAAGGCCGGCCAGACCAGUUGCAGCGGUAAACAACGUCGCCCGCUCAAAGUUGCGAGAGAUUGCUAUUGUGACGAGUAUUGUGACGGUGCAUUCGGCGCGAUGUAACGGUAAUUAUUAUUGGAUCGUUCAGCUACUCCGUGAACUUGAAAGCUAUUUGAAGAAGCCGAAGCCGAAGGCACGUUUCUCUUCAAUGAACGUUUACAUCGAAAAAAACUGUCACAUCUAUUUAUGUCUCUGUUAGCAACGACUGUUAAUGAAUCAUUGAGUUUGAAUUACGUGUUGUAUCUAGAACCUCGCUGAAAGUCAUCAUCUCCGUUUACCGAUUGCACGCGUCGCCAGGACAGAAAUACCGAACACGUAUUUUUACGUUUCAUGCCGCGUUGCGUGUGCAAGCGACGCGAUGCCGAGGGCUCCUUUUCCACGAACCCCUUUUUCGGGAAUUCAGGGGUCGCGCGUAAAUCCAGCGUGCAAUCCGGAGGAGCAAUAAUCUGCGUCUCUUCGAGGAAACCGGAGCCGCGGGAAACCGCACGGCCGCGUACCGGGGGCAACCGGCGUCGACGUCGAAGGACACCGCGAGAAGUUAGCCUUUGCGUGGCGAAUCGCGUUACAACGCUCUGCGGGAUCGGAUCGGGAGGCCGAGGCAGGCACCUUGGCGCGAUUGCUGCACGCUGGUAGAAAUGCAUCGAGUGCAACUCCGAGAAGCGCGCUCGUGACUCGAGGAACUCGAAUGGUUCGCGGUCGGAGAAGAAUUCAAGGAGCUGCUCGUCGCGCGCGUCAAAGAAAUUCGUACGGAGCUUUUGCUUUGCAAAAAUGCAGCUUGACGAUAUGCAGUCGCCGGAGCGAAUCCGCGAUGCGGUGUUGCGGCGAGCGGGAGAGGAUUAGAGAUUGCAAGAUCGAUGCGAUCGGCAGUCUCGUACCCAUUGAUGUCGCGCGCGACAUUGACUGCGCAGAAAUGUUUCUCGGUUAAUGCCGACACGGGAUUGCACCGCGUCGAUUACGCUGCGUGACCUGGAAUCGUCCGGAUACGCAACCGCGCUCAUUUAUUGAGGAUAAUAACGGCUCCUUUCGACAGACAGGAGAUACGUAAGUAAGGAUCUCUUCGUGCCAGCACCAUCCUUCCUGUUUCCUACGAGAAGACGCACCUAAGAUGCCGUUUUGCGAUAGAAGAUGAACGAUGAAAUAAUUUCGAAAUCCAAUUUCGGCAGUAGCAUUCCUUUCGCCGACGAGGAUGCGAUCAACGCGGACGGCGAGGCUUCGUAUCUGAUCACUUCAUGGAUCACGUCGAAGAGGUUGACGAACGCCGAGGAGGACACGUGUUCGCGGAACGUACAGAGCUUCACGACCUUCCGGGCUUCCGAUUCGCCGGCGACUGCGAGGCGGGACUUGCCGAUGUCUGACAACGGCAAGAUGCUCAAUCAUCGGCAGGAGUCGUCUCAGCAACAUUACGCGCGUCAAUCCGUUCCGAAGACAGACCGAAGCGAAGAGAUCGGAGGCGCUUCAUCGCGCUACGAGAAUGCGGGGAUAAAAUAUCAGAAGCCGAAGUCACGUCCCAAGCGACAGAUCAGCCGGGAGCGCCAGCAGCAACAAAGUAAUUACUCGAGCAGCGACGAGAGCGUCGCGAGAAACAAGUCGAAGAGUACCAGCUCGAUCGACACGCAGUCGGUAAACAACAUUCUGGACGAAUACGAGGAUCUGGACUACCGUAGAUCGUCGGAUCUCAGUGAUGUGGGUAAUAUCAGCGUAACAAAUUUCGAGGCAAUAAUGAUGGAUCAGCAAAAACGGCAGCAGGUAAAGUCGAAGCAGAUAAAGCCGCUGUCCGGUGCAAAGAUUCAGACUAAAUCUAUUCCGACGAGGGAAAAGGUUCAACCGGUGCUAAAGGUAAACCAGCAGACUCAAGUGAGACAGCGUUCGCGAGACAGACAGAAAGACACUAACAAGGGACACCAGCAAGACGCUUGCUGCGUUUCGCCGCCGGUUACAAUAGAUGCGAUCGAGAGCGGUCGCUCGAAAAUGCCCGAGAUGCUGUUACGCAAAGGAGAGGUUCAGAAGAGAGUAGAUGAAUGGUUGAAUCAGGCACACAGUCAAAACUUUCCGGUGACACCUCGUGAAAAACCUUUGACGAGGUCCAACAGCAGCGCCGAGCAGAAGAGCCAGCGGAGAUAUCGCGGCCAAGAUCCGCGGUCUCGGUCGUCGAUCGACGAGGCGAGAGACAGAUUGAACGGAGGAACUUCGUCGAGUUACGACGACCUGACUCGCGUGAAUCGCAGAUUGGAGCGUGGCAGGCCGGAGAAGGUGAACGUUGGUGUGAACACUAGUAGAGGCACGUAUAAAGAGUACUUGGCGGUGAAGAGUAAGCAGCAGGAUUAUGGCUUUAGCGCUCAGUCGAGCGUCGCGUCAUCGAGAUCUGGUGAUUCCAAUCCGGCUUCCAGGAUUCCUCAGAGAGGACUUCUUGGCUCGAGUUUCAAGUCCAGGCGCGCCGAAGGAAAUCUCGAAGAGAAAACUACAGUUACAAGUAGGAUUACGAAUCUGCCAAAAACGAUGAGCGAAUCUGAUCACGGUAGAUCCAUCGUUAACAGUUCAAAGAUGAUCGAGAUGUCCGUCGGUACGUCAAUAACGGCAACGACAACGACAACGACGACGACGACGACAUCGUCAGUAAUUUCCUGCAGACGGCCAUCGUUGAAGCGUUCUGGAAAGAGCGUGAAUGAAAACUGUGCGGCAAUGGAAGCGCAUUCGCUUGUUAAGGAGGAGACGGAGCCGUCGCGCGAGCUGGGCCCCUCGAAGGGCCUACUGCUGCCUGGAGGCAGCCUUAGUGACCAAGGCGAGUCGAUCUCACCAAAUAAGGACGGAGAAAGUAGGCGGUCGGCUGCUACGGCGAGCGGGCCGACGCCGCGACCCGCUGCCGCCGAUAAAACGGUCGAGGCGACCUGUAAAUCGAUGGAAGUGUCGACAAGAUGCGCCGCCAUAAGCUAUCCUCGAGGUAGCUCGUCGAGGAUUGUUUCGCCGACGGACACUGACCGCGUCGGCGCGGUCGAGACACCACGACGCCGACUUCAGUUUUGCAGCGACGUUCGAAGGGAGCCCAGAUCGAUCGAUCAAUCGCGGCAGGAGCAAUCGAUUUAUGGCUCGGCUGUUAGCGCUCGUGUGCGGGCUUUUCAAGGCCAAGUGGAAUCGCGUAGAGCCAGGUAUCAUCAGCUCGCAGGGACGUCGAUGGAGGUCAAAAGGCCACCGGUUCUGCCGCGCAAGGAUCUCGGUGCGUCUCCCUCGCGAGAUGCCGGAUCACAGGAUCGAACGAAGAUAUCGAUUGUCGUGUCUUCGUCGAGCUUCAAGCCAAACAAUCGAGUCUACACCGCGAUCAGUGAUUCACAGCAACAGCCGAAUGAGCAGAGUAUUAUCAAAUCCAAGAUUACAGUCUGUGAAAACGUUCCACCCGUCAGAGUACCGCGUUAUGCCUCUCCCGAUCACGUGGAGAGGAUCUACGAGCGUAGCUUGCAACCGCAAGUAAUCCACGUGGACGAUCUCGAAUCAAUUCUUCGACCUUCCCUGCAAGCGUCACCUUACGGUGAAAAGGUAGGCAUUACUCGACUGGAUCGAGAAUCAGCUGUCAAGGAAACGCCGUCGUCGCUCGAGGACGAGACGUUCGACAUGAGCAGCGAGUCGCGACACGAGCAUCUCGAGACUAUCGAGGAGGACGAUCGAAAGAGUGAAGGCUCGGCCUACAGAUAUCCGGAAAUCGGAUUAAAGCAGUGUCUGAAGGUGCAGAAGGGUCUGCCAAAUGGCAAGUCGAAAGAAUCGGCAGACAAAAGGAAAGACAAUCCGAUUUAUGUUAAGUGGAAUCAACAGCAGCAGGCUGUUCUUAAUGAGCCCGCGAGAACUUUUGCCACUUUCCAAUCGGCGUCAACAUGCCAGAGUAACGUUAAAUCGAACAUCCGACCUCGGUCUCCAGAAAGAAAAGAAUCCAGAGGUCACGAAGAGAUUGGACAAGAUCCAAACGAGUCGACGAUAAUCCUCCAAGAUCUCGCGGCUAGUUACGAGGAAGCGCCGCGAGAUCAGGACCAACUGACGGUCCAUUCGCGAGAGAACAGCAAUUUGUCGACCGUCACAAUUCCUGUGGACGAACUGGAGAGUCAGCAGGGAGGCACGAGGUUGAAGAUCGAGGAUGAUCCUUCUCGAAAUAAAUUUCAGUUUGGUGAAAAGUUGCAAGAUCAUGUAGUUGAAGAAACGAUGAAGAAUGCCGACGAACGUGGUGCAGUGGUUAACGAAGUUCUCGUUAAGAACCUGCAAUUCGAGCAGGAUUUACCGGAAAAUACGGUCGAGCAAACGAGACCGGAUCAUGUGGUACAACAGGUGAAUUUUCAUAAUAUUUUGUGCGACGAUUACGAAAGUGAAAAGUUGAAGAAUAAGAAGAUGUACAUAACGAAGGAAGAAAUGGAACAUCGGAGGCUAAUAGACAUGCUGAAGAGAGGAAACUUCGAGAUGCUGAAAACGGAGCUGGAGAGGAGUUACACCCUCUCGACCCCCGGGGGUAGCAGUCCCGUUUGUUGUCCGCCUUGCAGCCCGCCGCCCGCGCCGGCCGCAUACAUAUCGAGCGCGCGCGCGUCCUCGCGUAGACUCGGCGCCGGAAGUGGCCUCGGCGGGCCCACAUCCCCGGAGAGGGAUCCCCUGGGAAGACUGUUAAGAUUCCUGAAGACCUUCUACAGGGAGUUGGGUACCCCGAUCCGCCCCAUCCGCGAUCCGCCCCAUCUACCGCCAUGGGCGUCCCCGCUGCCGCUCGGCACCCUCUGUCCGGCGCAUUUUCAGCCGCAUCUGCAGCUGGUGCACAAGAGCGAACAGGAGCACCGUCUCGAGAACAUCAAGCCCGACCAGAUCUUCGCCCCCGUCAGGCUGAGCGACGGUACCGUGUCCGAAGCGCCGCGACGCGUCGCCGUCGAAGGCGGUCCCGGAAGCGGCCGCACCACACUCUGUCUACGACUACUGCAUCAGUGGGCGACUCAGAACGACGGUCCCGCUCUGGCGUUCAUCGUGCCGCUGCGCGAGCUUCGCGGCAGCCCCGUCCUGAAUUAUCUGACGCGAGAAUUAUUCCCAAGAACGGCCGCGUUGGGCGACGCGAUCGCCCAGGUGUGGCGCACUUUGCAUCUGAUGGAGGACCGCGUGCUCUUCGUCCUGGACGGUUACGACGAGUGCGUGGGCGGCCGGGCGUCGCUCGGCGACGCGGCCGAUCUCCUGGAAGGGCGACUCUUCCCGGACGCCAGAAUCCUGGUCACGUGCUCGCCCAGCAACUCGACCGCCCUCGCGCCUCUGGUCCAACGCAGAAUCCAUCUGGCCGGCCUCGAGUGGCCGCACGUCGAGCGACUCUGCGUGGCCUAUUUCAUUCACAACGACAUCGCCGAGAAGGCCUGUGAAUUCCUCGAGGCGCUCAACGUGCAACCGCAGUCCGUCAGGCAGCUCGGCCAGCAUCCGCUCGGUUGGAUCAUGCUCUGCUGCUUGUAUCAGGACUUCGGAAGCCUGCCGACCGAGACAAGCGCCCUCGUGCAAGCGGCAGUGAAAUGCAUCGUGAAGAGGAGCUUAGACCCGCCGAUUCCCUAUAACGAGGAGAUCCCGGGCCAUUGUAGGAAGCGUCUCGAGGACUUUGGCAAGGUGUCCCUGGCCGCCCUGAGGGAGGGAAGAUGCUGUUACACGGAAGCCGAGCUAAGAGCGCGGGGUGGCGGCAUCGAGGUCACUCGACUCGGCUUCCUCACGAGGGGACUGACCUUCGGUCAGAGACGCAAGCCGGACCUUUACACGCCCAUCCACAUGGCGGUGGCGGAGUUCCUGGCAGCGUACUAUCUCACCUCGGUGGCGCAAUACGCCAACAUUCUGCGCCGCGAACUGGAGGGCCUACCCCCGGGCAUCAUCGGCCAUCUGGCCGGCCUGCUAGGCCCCAAGACUCACCUGAUUCUAAAUCAAUUGUGUCCACUGGAAGUGCCACCUAGAGCCGUAUUCUCGUUGCUGAAGGCGGCCGGCGCGUCUGACGGCAACAUCUCGGCGGUUUGCCGUCUGGUCGGCGCGGGUCCCGGAUUCGGGCCCGCGCCCAACGAACGACCCCCGGCCCCGCUGGUGCACACGUCCCCUCUGGAGCUAGAGGGAUGGGCCAGGAUCCUCGAGAGUCCCGCUUGCACGCUCGAGGCGCUCGAAGUUGUGUUCCAAGUCGAGCGUGGAUCCGAUCCGAGAUAUCUGGACGAUUUCUUCGAUGCGCUCGCUGGCAACGAGAGCGUCAAGCUCGUCAGGAUCACGUCUCUGCUGGGGCAGGAGUUCCCUGCGGACGAGGCGCAACGACUGGCCGGACACCUGAAGAGCGUGCUCGGCAAGAAGAAGCUCAACGACUUCGAGCUUGUCAUCACUUGUCUCGAGGAGGCGGCCCACGAUAGACUGGAGUGCGUGGUAAACGCUCUUUGUCGCGGCUUGAGUCACGCCUCCGGCAGUCUGUCGCGUCUGGUGCUCGACAUGAAUCUGUCCGGCGAGCAAGUGUCCCGGGUCUGCGAGGCACUUCGCGACUGCAUUCAAGUGCAAGCCUUGCACUUGCCCCAUUUAGGAUGCGGAUGCGAGGGCCUGGCGUCGGUCGCCGAGCUGCUAAAGGAACGGCCGCUGCUGGCGCUCAACCUGGCUGGCAGCUGGGGUGCCAAGAACGAGGAUCCGUCCAGCUCUGGCAUCAGUAUGGGUUCAGGUUCAGGUUCCGGCUCCGGCAGCAGCGGCUGUGCCUCCAGCACCCUCGGCACCCUACCGCUGAAUCGCUGCUACUCGUCUUUACCCAGGGGCGCGCUAACGGCUUACGGCAGCCUGACACGACCCGCCACCCUUCCGCGUCUUCCACUGGGCCUGGGCCUGGGCCCGGCACCCAAUACCAGCAACGGGCCUCUGCCCCAAAACGACCGGGAUCGAGAUAGCAACGGAAGCAGCAAGAGAAACAGCGACAGCGUGCUCUGUCAUCGGCUGCCCUUGUUGCAUCCCCUGCCCACGUGCGAUGUCCCCAGCCAUCAGGGUACCGGCUUCCACGAGAUAUUCAACGCUAUCAGGGAGCCGAACUGCAAACUGAGAUCUCUGAACGUGUCCAAAUGUCUUCUGGGUGGCUUGGAUGCCGGCUGUUUAGGCGAGACCGUGAGGAAGGCCCGCUAUUUGGACGCUCUAAGGGCCGCUGGAGCGUCGAGGCCGGCUGAUGUGAUGCCCCUGGUGCUAGCCCUGACGGAAGCGCCCUGUCUCCAGCUCUUGGACCUGUCUAGUCCCCGAUUGGCGCUGGACGAUCAUCCUUCGAGGCUGUUGUGCCACGCUCUGGCCAGAAACACGACCCUUAAGCUGCUCAAUUUGGAGGGAUGGACUUUCCGGAUAGAGGAAUCCGACAGUCUAGCGGUGUUCUCCGAGCUACUGAGAUACACGAGCGUGCGUGAGCUGAGCCUAUGCAACGCACGCUUGCAUUUAGCGGUGCAUGAAGGUCCUCUGUCGAGAUUGGGACGUCGCGACGACGCCGGUGCCGAGCUCCUGCGAGCUGCAUCACCUGCGGUCUGUCCCGCGAUCGUCUUCCUGAGGCUAGCCGGAUUUCAAGUGACAGUGAACGAUCGCCUGGCGCUGCGCGGGCCGUUGCUGUUGCCAUUCCUGGCAGGUUUCACAUCGCUGAGCGAGCUCGACCUGUCGCUAGACAAAUCAACGAUCGGCGGUAGCAGCGGCUCGCUACUCUUCAUCGACGACAAGAUCCUACAGCAGUUUUUCUGCUGCCUGGCGGCGCACUUCCGCAGUCUGCAGUCGCUUCGGAUUAACUUCUGGCGAAUCACCUUGGAGGACAGCGACCGCACGAUGCGACAGAUCGCCAAGCAUCUCAAGCUGUGCGGCCUGAGCUUCCUCAGGGCGAAUGGCCUGAUCGUCACCGACAGCGCCAAGCGCGUGCAGAUGGAACAUAUAUUCGUGCAGACGAUCCUCACGCACUUGCAGUGUCUCACCUGGCUGUGCCUGGACGGCGUCGAGCUGACCGAGACGCAGGCCACCAGCGUGGGUAAGUGCGUGCGGGAUCGUUACCCCGGUACCACCUUGGAGAUCAGCACCAAAGACAUCCACGUGAGGUCGGUCAAGGCUCUGGUGACCGCGGCCGAGGAGGGUGGCAGGACGGAGGUGGUUUACACCGGAGGCUCCAGCUGCCGCCUGAAAAUCACGAAGCUCCAGAAGGGCGGCCGGGGCAAGAAAAAAUGAAGGGGUCUUGGAUGAUAAUUUGGAGGAAGUUAUCCUGGCACACAGUUUGCCGCGAGGUAAAGGGGAACGAAGAGAAUCGAUCGAACGAAGAGAUUGAUCUCUUCGCGGACGCGACUGUGAAACUGGGAGAGUUCCGGAAGAUUGAAGGGGAGUAGGUACCGGGAGAGAGAGAGAGAGAGAGAGAGAGAAAGAGAAAGAGAAAGAGAGGAAGAGAAGGGAUUAAGUCAACAGAUCGUUCUGGGGAAGCGAUGCGGAGAAGCCUAGAGAAUCGGAAAAAGGAUUAGAUAAGACGGAGAUAUAAUGUAGAUUUUCUAGGAGUGACGGAUAUCGAAGAGAGAGUAUAUCGAGCGAGCAUCGGGCCCGCGCGUGAGGCGCGUAUAGAAUGAAGAGAAGGAUGAAGAUGCAAGGGGGGUAUGAAAAAGGGAAAUGCGGGUUGACUUUUGCGGAUUUUCGUCUUACUGUGAUUUCAUUUCCUGCGCGUCAGGCAGCGCUCACCUACGAUAUAGACUAUAGAAUAUAGCGAUUUAUAUUAAACCUCGAGAAUGAUUCGAAGGCAAUGAGGAGGUGCACUACGCUUUCGUUCAUCUAACGCGUUCAAGAGACUAACGAGAUACUAAAAGAAGCGCAAGCGAGCAAUUAAUAUGGUCUAGGAAAUCACUUUCGUUGCUUUAGAGAUCUUUGGCAUCAUUUUUCGUCAGAAAUCGUUGCACGAAUAAAAAUGAUGUCAAAGCAAAAGCGUCCGUUUAAAAAUAUGAAAUUCCGUCUUUCGGUUUAAAGCGUUUGUCCUUAAAGUUCUUGCUUGUGAAUGUUAGCAGGAUGAGCGUUAAUUUUUUUUUUUUAUACAUGGAUUUAUAAAUAUAUAAAUUUGUCUAUUUUUCGUAUCUUUUCACGUAUAUUCUCAGCAAUAUUUUAUAAAAUUUUUGUACUUUCAUAAACGCAAUAAGUUGAAUUAUCUUCGUUUAUAUAUAUUUUGAAGUAUUUAUUUCAAUAAGUAGGAGGAAGAUCGCGUUUGCUUCGUUUUAUCUACGCAAUUAUAGUUAUAGCCAAUCGAUUCGUUGGAUAAACAAAGGUGCUAGUAUUCGAUGCUGUGUGGAGGAAUGUUCUCACGACAUUUUUUGGGGGAGGCAAAGAUAAAAGGGUGCGUAAAUAUUUAUCGCGUGAAAGAGAGAAGAAGCGAUGUUUUAAGUGGAGGAGAAAAGAGGCUGUUGCGAUUACAUAAGUAUCGUUCGUUGUUGUUAGAUGGAGAUGUAAAAUACGAUUCAGAGUAAUAUAUUAUUAUUAGCGAUAUAGAUCACAUCACGAUCGUCACGAUAUUAUUAAAUGUUACAAUCGACCGUAAUUCGCGAUGCGGCGAGAUGCCGGUGGUUUUACCGAGGUGGUGGCGCGCGUUGUUGGGGAUUUGGAGAAAUUUUAUAGAGUAAAUUUUAAACGGUAAGCACCCGAAAAACACACAUAUAUACGUGCGUUUCCGCGAUGGCGUGAGAGAAAAGAAAGUCUCAAAUACUCAUAAUUUUUGCGAUAGAAAAUACAUAAUAGGCAGGCAUCCGACGCAGGCUAUUGUUGUAUAAAGUAAUUAAUUAUUGUAAUUAAGAUGACUGCCAAAUCGUAAUUACUUGAGCAUCUGUGCUCUUCGCGCCCCGCAUUUAGCGCUAAACUCGACGCUUCGAGCUCUUCGCCUAAUAAUAAAAAAAAAUGAAAAAAAAAUCGUCUCGAACGUCAUCGUGAACCGACAGUCGCCCGAUCGCGUUUAAUGCUAAAUGCGAGGAGUUAUGGGAGCUCUGGUGUCGUCUUUUUUCCGAUAUCGUGCCAACGUUUUAGAAAAGAUCAUUCCUACGGUCGCGCGGCGAAAAAAUCCAAUAUAUCGCAUUUUAAACGAAACAAUAUUACGCAGCGUGAUCACGAUCGAUCGAUAGAUCGUGAUCGAUGCCAGUACGCCAACGAUAACUGCCAUUCAACUGGAACCACUAAUGAAAACAAAAGGAAACGAUUUGCGAAACGAGAGGGGUGUCUCUGCUGAUCUUUGAGUUUUGUCUUGUACAGAGCGCCGGUCAAAAAUCUGCAAUCAUUUAUUAAACGUAUAUAUAGUAUUAUAAAAAAAUAAAUACACCUUAUCAGGUGAAAUAUAAAUAUUUAAGUGUAUUUACAUAAUAAUAUAUAUGCAGAAAAAAUAUUUUUAGAUCUUUAUUUUAUAGAAAAACUAAUUACAAUUUUAUCGAAACGUUAGUUUCGCCUUUUGAAUUUAAAUAAUAGAGAAGAGUUAAUAUUAAAAAGUCCUUUAUAAAAGAACUUGUUGCAUCUUUAAAAUAUUUAAAGUUAAAUGCCUUAUAAUCAAUUCUCGAGAAGUGAAAAUAUGUAUCUCUGAGAGAAAAUAUGUUACUUUCAAUAAUUUAUAAUGUAAAACUUAUUAUUGUUUCGACAUUUUAGUCAAGAACAAUUAAAACCUAAAUAUCAAAAGAAAGUUUUUAUUCUAAUAUGCAAGACGAUCCUUAUGUCAAUGCUUCAAGAAGUGAAUUUCUAGAGCCAAGAUAAAAAAAAUGUGAAUGCGCAUGUAAAAUUAUUAAAUAUAGUUUAAAUUAUUAUAAAUAGAGUUACGAUAUCAGUCAAUGAACAAAAAAAACUGAACUAUUCAAUGAACAAGUAAAAAACAAUAUAAUUACAUUUUCAAGUUUUCAAAAGAUGACAUUUUAAUUAAAUAUAUAUAAAAAUAAAAUCUAAAAAAUAUCAUGAGAAAUCUUGAAAAUGUAAAUUCACGUAGAAAAUUAUUGAGCACAAAGAUCUGCUUUAGACCACUAUAGCCUUCUUGUUAUUUAAAUGCUAAAAAAUAUCAAUUUGAAAUUUAUUUUAAAAUCUUAUUAUAUUAAUAUUACUGAUGAUUGUUCAGUGAUUGGUGCUGUGAUUCUAAUAUUAUAUAAUUGUAAUGCACAUAUGUAUUACAAUUAUAUUAUUUCCACACACUUCGUAUAUUUUAAAAUGUUUAAUACUAAUUACAUAUGUCUAUAUUUGUUCUGGAACAAACUCUAAAUUCAUUUCUUAAAAUAUCAAUAUAUAUAUAAUCACGGACUUUUGACUGGCGCUACAGAGAAGAGAAGUGAACUUAUCGAGGGUUUUUCUCUCUCUCUUUUCGUGGCGUUUUUCCGAGAAAUACAGUACCACCCCGCGUAAUCCUUUAUUGUCCGACUAGAAACGUAAGUGCUCCCGCUCGAGCGUGUGUACGACGAAUUUUGUCAUUUUUGAUAGUUUGCUAUGUACAUAAGAGUCUCUUCGAUUAUAUCGCGCGGCGCGAUGGUGACCACCGCGCGGUCUGUUAAACAUUUGCGAGCCCGUUUUACGAGAGAGCCAACACUCGGCAAGACUGAAACUGAUGUUACACAUACAUAUGCACACAUAGGGAGGAACAUCCGCAAAAAUAUACAUACAUAAAAACACAGAGCUGGCCGAACGAUAUAUCCGCGACAACAUGCGAGGGUAAGCGCCCAACGUACCCACAUGUGGAAUCAACUUGUGAGUAAUUUUAUUAUAAAUAUUUAUGUAUUUAUAUGUGUACACAUAUCCUCUCCAAAUAAAUGUAAUAUGUGUUUGAAAA